UGCGGCGCCGGCGCCUGCGCGCUGCGGGCUCCGGGCCCUCCCGGCCUGAGGCAGAGGAGCAGGGAAGAUGGCGGCGGUGGUGGAGAACGUCGUGAAGCUCCUCGGGGAGCAGUACUACAAGGACGCCAUGGAGCAGUGCCACAGUUACAACGCCCGCCUCUGUGCCGAGCGCAGCGUGCGCCUGCCCUUCCUGGACUCGCAGACCGGAGUCGCCCAGAGCAACUGUUACAUCUGGAUGGAAAAGCGGCACCGGGGUCCAGGACUGGCCUCUGGUCAGCUGUACUCAUACCCUGCCCGGCGCUGGCGGAAAAAGCGGCGAGCCCACCCCCCUGAGGAUCCACGACUUUCCUUCCCAUCUAUUAAACCAGACACGGAGCAGACCCUGAAGAAGGAGGGGCUGAUCUCCCAGGACGGCAGCAGUUUGGAGGCUUUGCUGCGCACUGACCCUCUGGAGAAGCGAGGCGCCCCGGAUCCCCGCGUCGACGACGACAGUCUGGGCGAGUUCCCCGUGACCAACAGUCGUGCCCGGAAGCGGAUCCUAGAGCCAGAUGACUUCCUGGAUGACCUUGAUGAUGAGGACUAUGAAGAAGAUACUCCGAAGCGUCGGGGCAAAGGGAAAUCCAAGAGCAAGGGUGUGGGCAGUGCCCGUAAGAAGCUGGAUGCGUCCAUCCUGGAGGAUCGGGACAAGCCCUAUGCCUGUGACAUUUGUGGGAAACGUUACAAGAACAGACCCGGCCUCAGUUACCACUACGCCCACUCCCACUUGGCUGAGGAGGAGGGCGAGGACAAGGAGGACUCCCAGCCACCCACCCCUGUCUCCCAGAGGUCCGAGGAGCAGAAGUGUAAGCUGAGGUGUUGGAGGGGGACUCGGCCGGUGCAGGAGGAUGCUCCUCGCAGGCGUGUCGAGAGACCCGGGGCCCCCGCCGUUCUCGUCAAAACUCCUCUCUGUCUGCCUGUAGCAAAGAAGGGUCCGGACGGACUGGCCCUGCCCAACAACUACUGCGACUUCUGCCUGGGAGACUCCAAGAUCAAUAAGAAGACAGGGCAGCCCGAAGAGCUGGUGUCCUGUUCCGACUGCGGCCGCUCAGGGCACCCGUCUUGCCUCCAGUUCACCCCGGUGAUGAUGGCGGCGGUGAAGACCUACCGCUGGCAGUGCAUCGAGUGCAAGUGCUGCAACAUCUGCGGCACCUCCGAGAACGACGACCAGCUGCUCUUCUGUGACGACUGUGACCGCGGCUACCACAUGUACUGUCUCACCCCCUCCAUGUCUGAGCCCCCCGAAGGGAGCUGGAGCUGCCACCUGUGUCUGGACCUGUUGAAGGAGAAGGCGUCCAUCUACCAGAACCAGAACUCCUCCUGAUGCGGCCGCCCCAGGUCCCCACGCGUCAGGCUGCGCUCUCCUCCACCUGUGUUCACACCCACCUUUUCCUCCCUCUCACAAGUCCAGGGAACCUCAGGGCGGUCAUGCCAACCUGCCUUUGGCAGCAGCUCUGCCCGCCGCGGGCCCGCAGGUGCACACGUGGGCUGGCUUCUCUCUGCUCUAAUGAAGUGCAUUUACUCUGCUUGCCCAGGCCUGGGCCUGCUCCCCACAGGGCGCUGAGUCCUCCAGGGAGGAGUGGGAGAGCUGCUCCCUUGUCUCCACUCAGCUCCACACCGGUCUCCAGGGUCUCCCUCCCGGAGGGGCCGGGCUGGGCUGGGCUGGGCUGUGGCAGGAAUGGCUGGGGGCUGCAGGCUGAGGCCCCCGCUGCUCGCCCCUCCCCCUACGGCGCGCAGCUCCCUUGCCGGUGCAGGGUGCUCAGCCGCCUGGGCCUGCCCGGCCCCCCUCACCGGGGAGCAGCAGCUCCAUCCCAUCGUCCCCGCGCCCCCACGGGAGGUCUCUGGAGGAAUGUCCCGUCUUCUGCCUCCCCUUCUUUCCCUUUGGUUUUGUGGGGGAGGGGAUAUGCGGCUUAGGGGCCACGGGGAGCGUUGGAUAAUGUGCCUGUUUUUUAACUCGAAGAAAAAGCCUACCUCCAGAAUCCCCUGUGUGUUCUCCCUGGACCUGGGCAUUCGGCCUCCUGCCCUUCACCCAGCAGGAGGCCUCUGCCUCCGGCCACGGGCACGCGCAGACGCCCCCUCCCUGCACGCUCGCUCGCAGCUGCUAAGGCCUCACCCCGAUUCCUCAGUUCUCUGCUUAGUGGCACUGACGUGAAGGAGUGGGGUGGGCCUGGCGUGGCCUCCCCCGUGGCCGUGGGCGCGCCCUGACUCCUGUCGCUUCGGAGUUGAGGUGUCAGCUUUUUUCCUUUCCUUUCAGUUCCUGUAUUCUGAAUAUUAGUAACAAUAAACGUUUUUAUCAGA